UUUAGUUUGGAAGAGAGAAAAAUGGUUGAACGUAAAGCGUUAGAAAUCGCUUGUAAAAAAAAGGAGAAAUUCAGAUGUUUAUUGUCCAAUAUAAAGGAAAAAUUCAAGCAAUUAGUAGCUGAUAGUAAGUUAUUAACACAACCGUUUCAUAGAGAUUAUUUUCAGCUCAACGAGAAGUUCAGCGUUUUACCCGUAAAAGAAACACAGUCUGAAGCCAAAAAGUUACGUUUGAAUUUGGAGCUGGAACACGAAAAUAGCCUGUUAGAUUUACAACAAGUCAAUUAUUUUGUUGAUCGAGGCAUAAUACCGAAAUUGAAAGUCAAGGGAAUUUUAGAAGACAAAUUUGUGAAAACAUUGGUUAACCGUGAAUCGCAUCGGAGCAUAUUUCGUGAUUUAUUGGACGAAUUAUUGUCUAAAAAGCAUCCGAAACCACAAUUUACAUAAAUCCACCGCGGAAGAGAAAGCAACAAAUACAGCGGCAGCCGUUACGUGUCUAUAACUUUAUUUUUCAAGCAACAGAAAUCGUCGAUCACAAAUAUGGAAGCCGACGUGGUUCAAUAACCGAACGAAAUCGAAAUGUUUCUCCGAAGAGUGGAUAAAAUAUACUCGUCCUUACCUCCGGCGAUUCAACGUGCCAUAGACAAAUUAAAAAACCGUGUGAAUUUCAAAAAAAAUAUAACAACGAAUAUCGAAAACAUACGUCAAGAAAACUCACUAGUUUU